UGGAAGCAUCUCCAUAGCAAUUCUGGCAACAAUCUCCUUCUCAACAACAUGGAUUGUGGUGUUCUUUUGCUUGCGUUCUCGCACCUGUCAUGAUAUUGUGAUAUUUUAAGAAGGGAGACUUUUUACUUUUUAUUUUAAAAUUACUUUUGUCUUACCAAAAAGUUCUUUAACUUUAUGUUUGUCUCUCACUUUGAUAUGCUCAAGUUGUGACAGCUGAAGUGAAGAAGCAUAUCACCAACUGCAUUAGAAUACGUUUAUUUUUUGUAAGCACUUUGAUAUUCCAAGAUGGGUGACAAGAAAAAUGAUAUGGACAGGGUCGGCGUGUUCCAGGAAAUGGGCUACAUAUCCAUUGGAGAUAAAUACAAGACUCCCGGUGUUCAAUUCAAUGUAGCGGCAAGUAAAGGCAAACAGGUUUUACCUGGUGGAAGUAAGGAAAAAUCUGCCCUUCAACAUGGCUACUUUGCUGAAAAGUUCAACCGAGUUAUGGAAGGAGAGGCAUACAGUGACCCAAUCAAAAUGAGGCGGCUGAGGCGUUUAGAAGAUUCUAAGAAAAAUCUAUCAAAGGCAUUUUUACCAAGCAGUGGUGAAAAGAAAAUGUCUGGUCUAGGGAGUCACUAUGGUACUCUGGGUGGCCCAAUCCCUGCCCUCAGCCCCGGAGAGAAGGCAAGUAAGCCAUACAAGUCCCCUGGGAAAAAUGUCAUGACCAACCCCGGCAAAGAAGGUACAGGCUUUGGAUACCUUCAUGUGACUCUGGGCAAAUACCCAGCUCACAUGAUCGAACCCUACAACAGUGCCCAGGAAAAGGCCAAGAAAGAGAGUGAGGGGCACCGGAAGCAAGUGAAGGGAGGGGCCUUCAGGCUGAACAUGCACCCCCAGGCUCUGUUUGACUCCAACCCCUACCGGUCAGAGAAGGCACUGCCCCCAGUCAGGAAGUCCAGUUCCGCCACACUCAAGAGGAACGACUUUAAACCAUUUAAACCCAGCUCCCCAGGCAAACACCCCGGCGGUUCCAAGAUUGGUACAUUCGACCCCUAUCCAUCACACUCUCAAGACCCAUUCAAUGUGCGUGUCAAACGGCAAAUCAAUGUGGUCAACAAGAGUGGGAGGAUCUUCGUGCCAUCACAAGGCCCCAAGACGACACCCUGUAUAUCAAUUGUGAACCAGCAUGUUAAAAGAACCAUCAACGUCCAGAAUUACAGAUCUGCAACCCUGGCCUAGCGGGGUACAGGAAAUAUGUCAUUGAAGCUUGAAUAAUAGACAAGUAUGGAUUAUGCAAAGAAACUGUUCUUGUAACCAUUUAGAUAUUCAUUUUUAACUGUAUGAUUUGGAUGAAAUAUUUCUUAAUGUUUUAAUGUGAAAUGUUGAAUUAAUGCUAGGUACAAUCAUGUUACAACAGUUUAGUUAUUCACUGGCAUAUUUCAAUGUUAAGUACAUGAUUUAGUUAUAUUUGCACUGGGUCUCCCUGGAGGCUAACAUUUGAUGAGCAAUAUGAACUGUGAUAAACAUUUAUAUAUAAAUCUAUCUGUAUAUUAUUGUCAUGUGUACAUAAGUCAUGCCCAACUGUGUUAACAUAGUGUAUCCCUUCAGCUCCGACUGGCCUUCGUGGAAUGAUGUCGACAAUAAUAUGUGUGAUGUGUCUUACAGAGCAUUUAACCUCCUAAGCUUAAAAUGGUGUUACUCUAAACUUUACAUCACCUCAAACAUAAAAUCCAGAUUAUGAUUGAUUUCUGUAUCAGUAUGAAUAUACUUUUGAAUAUUCAUAACCUGCCAUUUUGAUGCCCCUCUCAGGAUAAAUAAGAUUAUUCCGUCACCUUUAUAAACUAGAAACACUUUGCAAUAAGUCAUGCAUGUUCUCUACCAGUAUAAAAUAGUCGUCUUCCUAUAGAUGGAGCAGCAGUGAUGUCAUAACUGUUUAGUGUGGAUAAAAGUUGAAAAAUCAAGUUUUUAGGCAAGUUUGAGGCUAAAGGAUUAUUUGAGUUGCUGCAGUUGUUUGUCAAGCGUGUUUUACCAUGUGGCAACUGUGCAGUGCUUGAGAUCACCAUGAUACCAGUAUUACCAUUAAAUAAUGCAUAUCAUCAGUGUUUAAAGACUUUGUUUUAUUGCAGUUCUAUUUUUGUAUGUCAAAUCUACAUUUUUCGAAUCUGAUAUUAUUUGAAUGUUUUCGAUAGGACAUAUCUGUACAUGUAGAUUUUUUUAUAACAGGAUAUGAUACCCCGGUACACGUUUUGAAAGGCAUUUAGAAGCGAUAGACAUAAGGAAGAGAAUUCCCAUAAAUUCUCUUCCACGUUUAUGUAUGUUACAUAUUUUGGCCUUGUUCAACAUGGAGUGAUCAUUGUCCUCCUGUCCUAGGAAAAAUUUAUUCAACCCUUUGUAGAACCUUUGCAGGUUCUUUUUCGCUGCCAGUUCCAUGGAAAAUGGAAUAGUAAGGAAUAGUGGCUGUCAAUUUGUGACUCUCUCACUCAUCUCAUCAAGCUUGUGUUUCUCUUCAUCAGUCAGACUGUGUUUGACACUGUAAUAAAACAUGUGAAUAGUUA